CAAAACUUAAGAAACUCCUUUUGGCUCUUCGACCCUUUUAUAAGAGAACGAAGCUAUUAUUCUCUAACGUCCAUCGGUGUAUACAUCCUUUUUUUGAAUUACCAACUAAAGAUGGGAAGAUUACCUUGUUGUGACAAGAAUGGAGUGAAGAAAGGACCAUGGACCCCUGAGGAGGAUCAGAAACUCAUCGAUUAUAUUCGACUUCAUGGUCCGGGCAACUGGCGUAUUCUCCCUAAAAAUGCUGGACUCCAAAGGUGUGGAAAAAGCUGCCGUCUUCGAUGGACUAAUUAUCUAAGACCGGACAUCAAGAGAGGAAGAUUCUCCUUCGAGGAAGAAGAAACUAUCAUUCAGCUACACAGUGUUAUGGGAAACAAGUGGUCCGCAAUAGCAGCUCGUCUACCAGGAAGGACUGACAACGAAAUCAAAAACCAUUGGAACACUCAUAUCCGCAAGCGACUUGUAAGGAGUGGCAUCGACCCUGUGACUCACUCCCCACGCCUUGAUCUUCUUGACUUGUCCUCACUUCUAGCCGCGAUUUUCAACCAACCAAACUUUUCAUCAGUUGCAACACAUGCAUCAUCUCUGCUUAAUCCUGAUGUAUUGAGAUUGGCUUCUCUUCUUUUGCCGCCUCAGCAACCACUUCAAAACCCUAAUCCAAUUUACGCUCCGAACCUCGAACAAAAUCUUCAAACUCCAAACACAUCAGUAUCUUCUCAAGACACUCAACCACAAGUCGAGUGUACAACUCCAACAAAGGAUGAAACUACAUCUUUCGAGCCUAUGAACGCAAGACUCGAGGUCGGUCCUUCAGAUGUAUUACCACCUUUGUCUGAGAGUUUUGACUUAGACUCACUCAUGUCAACGCCAAACUAUUCUCCACAACAAAAUAACAUUGAAGCAGAAGCCAACUCCAACAGUUUCUUCAACUUUGAGUUUCCGGAUAGUUUUACCUUUGAUGACUUUAUGGGGUUGAUUUAA